AUGACAGGGUUCCGGAUUUUUAAUAAAUCGCUGAUCUCAUGCCCUGCGCGGCCGGAGCCCUUUGGCUCAGCCCCGGGACUCGCUCCAGGCAGGAUCCGGUACCGGGGGGAGGCACCGCGGGGGGCGGGGGGCCACGGAAUUCCCACCGGGACGAGGGAUUUGGGGGGAUUUGGGGCCGUCGAGAGAAGCGUUUUCCCGGGGGAGCUCCCACCUGGCAGCUCGGGGCCACCUCGGGGGAGAGUUGGAGCGUGUCCCCCCCCGGUUCCCAAAUCCCAAAUCCCGGGUCUGGGGGGCACGGCGUUCCCACCGGGAUAUGGGAUUUGGGGGAUUUGGGGCCGUCGGGAGCAGCGUUUUCCCAGGGGAGCUCCCACCCUGCAGCUCGGGGCCACCUCGGGGAUUUUUGGGGAGGCAAAGUCCCAAAUCCCGGGUCUGGAGGGCACGGGGUUCCCACUGGGACCCAGGAUUUGGGGGGAUUGGGGCCGUGGGGAGCAGCAUUCCCAGGUAGCUCCCACUUUGCACACCCCCCCGGGGGGCUCGGUGCCACCUCGGGGAUCUUUGGGGUGGCACCUUGGGGCGCCCCCCAUUCCCAAAUCCCAAAUCCCGGUUCUGGAGGGCACGGCGUUCCCAUUGGGAUGUGGGAUUUGGGGGGGAUUUGGGCUGCAUUCCCAGGAUCUCCCAGCCGGUGGGAUCACUCAGGAGGGGUCCUGGCCCCCCCCCCACCCCGGGCUCACCUUCGGGGGGGGUUUGGGGCAGCACUUGGGACCCCCCUUUCCCAACCCAAAUCCCAAAUCCCACAUCCCAAAUCCCACACCAUCCCAGUUCUUGGGGUCACCUGCAGCAGAUUUGGCACCCGGGGGGGGCUGGGCCCUCCCAGGUGUGUCCCCUCUGAUUUUGGUGGUGGGGGGGGGUCACACCCCCCUCAAUUUGGGUCCUUUUUUGGGGGGGCACAAUCCCGGCGUUGAGGAUUCACAUCCUCGGCCUUUCCCUCUCCUGCUUCCCGGGGAUUUCGGGGAUGGGGAGGGGGGCUGGAGGGGGAAUCCAGGUGGUGCUGGUUUGGGAAAGGGGGGAGGGGGUUUCGGGGUCCCUUGA